AUGGCAACUGAUGAACCUGAAGGCGGAGUUGAAGAGUAUAAAGUAGAGAUGGAAACUGAUGAAUCUGAAGGCAGCGAUGAAGAGUACAUAAGGCCCAAGUGGGAUAGUAAAUUCCAGUACCUUUUAAGCUGUGCUGGAUUUGUUGUGGGUCUUGGAAAUGUGUGGCGUUUUCCAUACUUGUGCCAAACUUAUGGAGGAGGUAAGAGAAAACCCACCUUUUCAUUGGAGAUUAGUUGAGGGAUUGUUCAGACUUAAACUACGACAAGCUACUUGUGUUCUAAAAUAAUGUUAUCUGUUUGGGGUGUUAGGCUGUGUUCCAGACCCCUGUAAUCUCUGGAUCCAGCAACUGUUAAAAUUUAAUCAAUGCUUUUAAUUCUUGGAAUAGCCAGGCUAGCCUCCCAGUGAGGUGAUAGCCUGGGUGGUGAGCCAUUAAGGAAGAUUAAGGGGCUCUAUGUGGCCUGGAGGGACGCGGGGGGCACUGUGGGUUAAACCACGGAGCCUAGGACUUGCCGAUCAGAAGGUCGGCGGUUCGAAACCCCCCACCAGGGUAAGCUCCCGUUGCACAGUCCCUGCUCCUGCCAACCUAGCAGUUUGAAAGCACAUCAAAGUGCAAGUAGGUAGAUAGGUACCGCUCUGGUGUUUCCGUGCGCUGCUCUGGUUCACCAGAAGCUGCUUAGUCAUGCUGGCCACAUGACCUGGAAGCUGUACGCUGGCUCCCUCGGCCAAUAAAGCGAGAUGAGUGCCGCAGCUCCAGAGUCGGCCACGACUGGGCCUACUGGUCAGGGGUCCCUUUACCUUUAUGUGGCCUUGAAGUAAAGCAGCAAGCUGGGGAGAGAGUCGGAGCAAAGUUUGGGAGCAAUGUUUGAUUUCUGUUUGAAUACAAAGCUGGAGCCUUUUGGGAUAUUGAUGCUGUGAACACCUCCAUUGUAGGCUCAGGUUGCAUAUAGGUGUAAACCAUAUAUCCUAAAGACACCACAGUCUCAGCCUCAUUCCCUAAGGAAACAUGCAAAAUUCACCACAUGUGGACUUCAAGAGGCUCUCAAAUGUAUAUGCAGCUGCAGCUGCAAAGGCACUUAAAUGUAAGAGCAACUUUAGACAUAGACCAAAGGAGAUAUGAACACUGUAGCUGAUUUCCGUCAAAGCUGAUUAACUUUAGAAAAUAACACUGCCAAAUCAAAAGAGACAAAGCCAUUUUGUUCUACUGCUAUAUGACUUUUAGGAACGCUAACGUGGGACGAGGUAAAUGAUUGGUAGGGGAGGCAUAAAUGCUUUAUGUUUUCCCAGUUUUUUGAAGUAUCAUAUGACAGAAUCAUAAAAGCAUUGUCCAGAAUGGAUUGUUUGCAGAGAGCUUCUUCUCCCCCCCCCCAUAUUCCAGAAAAAAAUGAAUAAAAACAAACUAAAAUGUAACUGUAAAAACAGCAGCUAGGAACCCUCAGAUCAAUGAAACAAUAUUUUUUCAUUGCUUUCACCUUCUAGAUCUUCCACAGCACCAAUUAGAUGUGCUUUCAAUGCAUGCACAGUAAAGAAAACAAAACCCCUCUAACAAUUAGUUGUAUAUUAUUGCCUUUUUGCACAAACCUAAGCAGGAAGAACAUAAUUAGCUGACUCCAUGUAAGAGUUAAAGCACUGGUUCCUAAGACUUAAAGUCCCAGGACUCUUUAAAAAGGAAUUCUGGGUGAAAUUGAUGAAGUAGCAAAAUUUAUUGAAAGGAAAACACCAUUGCAAGGGUGGGUGACCAAUAUAGGCACACCUGGUUCUGGAAAAACGCAGUUUAUAAAGUCUCUCCUCCGGCCGAAAGUCCCUCCUUCGCCCACCCACUAGGAAGGAGCAGGCAACGUUUACAGCCUACCACGUCCGCCUUAUUAACAAAUUUCCAGCCCACUUCCCCUGUUCAUCGUUGUACAAAUAUGGUCAAAGCUCCCUUGCAUUUUACCUAUUUUACCUAUUGACAUAAGCAGCUGUCCUAGUAACAUUCUGGUUAACCACUAUUUGUUCCCAAUGCAAGCACAAGCUAGUUUCAUAUCUGAUAAAGCUAAAAGGGCAAACCACAGUUUGCUAAUCAGUUGUUCCAGUCCCAGGUGUCAGCGGGUUUUCGUGUCUGGGUCUUAACCACAAGCUAUAUGGCGUUCCGUGCAUUCUGACCGCAGGUUUUGCUAAAUGUGUAUAUCUUGGAGCCGUUUGAGGUCGCCUAUCAGCUACAUUCCCAGAAAUUUGCAACCCUUAUCUGAUUCUAUGCAUCCUAGAUUUAUCAGGUAGCCAAUUUGCAACACUUCAGAUUUUACACACACACACUAUGGAUUGAGGUCUUAUAUUUAAAAAGCAUUACUAAAAGCAUCCUUAAAAUGAAAAUGAAAAAGCAGCCAUAGCCCCGGGCGCAGAAUUCUGAGGGGACCCAACCAGCGCCCCCCCCAUGCAUUGGCUUCCCCACCCCAGCAAAGGCAGAAAAGCAGUCCAGACCCAUGGUAUGCAGGCAGGGAUGGAGGGAGAUGGACAAGGGGCACCCCAGCACAACCUGGCCUGGCACUCCUCUCUAUGGGCAUUGGGGUGGGGGAUUUGCCCUCCAAGGGCUAUGGCGGCUUGCUGGGCUUUCCCCUGUAUGGGCAGGCAGGUGGCACCGGCAACCCACGCUAUGCCACUGCUAUGAGCUAACUGUGCUUGGAAAUUGUGUUUCUAGGGGUAUUCCUGAUUCCAUACCUCAUCGCGUUUGUGUUGGGAGCCAUCCCUGUAUUUUUUCUUGAAUUAGCUGUUGGGCAAUGCUUGAAAAAAGGCUGCAUUCGACUCUGGUGGCACAUCUCUCCUUACCUGGGAGGACUGGGUAGGUUUCUGUAACUGCCUUUACUUGUGAUUAUAUAAUCUUCUAAUCAUUGCUCCUUCCUGGAAAUGCAUGGGCUCUAUGAGGCUGUAAUAGCAAACUCAGUCGUAGUAAACUCAGGCAGUUGUCUGGAAGAUAAACAGGGCCACUCAGGGGCAGCCUUUCCGAUUUCACCACCUGAGGCAAAAUGGAAAUUGCCUCCCCCACCCCCACCCCACUCGGUUUGUUUAAUUCACAGAGCAAUGUUCUUUUCCAGACUGCCAGAGUUCAGAUAGUCAUUGGAUUUGAUCUUUCAUUUGUGCAGAUCAGACUCCUGCAAUUGUCUUUGUUCAUGCCAAUUCUGCGUGUGCUUGCAUAUUCCACAGGUUACACUUCUCUGAUAGUUUCCUUCCUAGUGAUUCUCUAUUACAAUAUGCUUUUAGCCUUGGUGAUAUGGUAUCUUAUAAACUCUUUCCGAAACCCGUUACCUUGGAGUUCCUGCCCAACAGAUAUCAGCAAACCAGGUGAGUUCCCAAGUCUCUUGCUGCUUUCUGUUAUUAGUAUCUGCUUUUCUAUGUAUCCUUCAACCACCACAUUAAAUUGUUUGUCCAACUCUGCCACAGUCAGCAAUUGUCAGAUCCAGCUUUGUCCCUGCCAUAACUCCUUUGGCCGUAGGGAAUAGGAUAUGAACUGAACUAAACACUCGGCAAAGUAAUGCAGCAGAGGUAGAAUAAUAAUAAUAUUUUUAUUUACACCCUGCCCAUCUGAAAGAAGCAGCGGUAAGUUUACGUUUAAGGCAUAGCUUAGUUUAAGAAUGGUUUAAAGUGCUGUGUUGAUGGGACCAAUAGCUUAAAUCAAGUGUGGUGGAUCUUCACGCCCUCCAGCAGUUACUGGACUACAACUCCCCCAUCCCUGGCCAUAGGCCAUGCUUGCUAGGGCUGAUGGGAGUUGUAGUUCAAUGACAGCUGGAGGUCCAAAGGUUCCCUAUCCUGGCUUAAAGUUUGCUAGUUAUGCCAAAGCAAGAGCUUCCUGUGCAGAGAGAACUGAUGCCUGAAGAAAGGCCCCAUUCCUGCCCCUUCCCCUUCAUGGAAUAGCUUUGAGAGGAUGAGGCACAUAUCCAUACACCUGGGGCUGUGCCUGGUUGCAUCCCUAACCCAAAUAUAUGUAGGGCUGGAGAGUUUUGCUCCAGGCUUGGUCUGGAAGAGCUGAGGUGAAGCAUUUCCUCUUGAUGUCAUUCUUUUGGGAAGCCCUGUUUGUCAAUCAAGAGAAGGCUAUUCCCCAAACUAAACAAUGCCUCAGUCUAGAACUCCGGAGGAGAGGGGCUUAUGAUAGGUUCACAUUUUCCUUAAAAACAAAACAAAACAUGCAAUGGAGUUUUUAAAAUGCAGUAUACCAUCUGCACGCUCAACUGGUGCAGAAUGGGACAACUGCAUAUUCCUGAUGGUCAGGAUCCUUUCCAACUCUUCUAUGAUUCUAUCUGUUUUGAUAAUGCCUUCUGUGCUUGUUAUUUCAGAACUUAUUGAAGAAUGUCAGAAAAGCACACCUACCAAUUAUUUCUGGUAUAGGUACACUUUAAACAUAAGCACGGAUAUUGAAAACAGUGGUCCGCUUCAGUGGUGGCUGGUUUUAUGUUUGGCAGCCUGCUGGUUACUUGUAUUCAUUUGUACAGUACGAGGAAUUGAAUCGACUGGAAAGGUGAGCAGGGAUUAUUACCAGACAUCGGUAUUUCACUGACCUGGUCCUUACUGAGGUGGUAAAGCCAUCUUUGGACUGCACCAUGUGAGAUAGGAGGCAGCUCACAUGAACGAAUGUUCUAUCAUAUUUUUAAAAGGCACCUGCCCAUUGAAAACUAAUGCAUCUGGGAGGAGGCUAGGUUAGAAUCCACAUGCAAGAGGGUUUUUUUUUGCAUGUGUUUGAUCAUCUUAUUACCUGCCUGCAGUUAGAAAUGGUACUGCCUAGACAACAGAUAGAGUAUUAUCUAAUAUUCUGUUUUUAAAUUUUGGGGGUGAGGGCCUGCCAUUUUGUAGCUGAAAUAGCAGCAUCCUUGCAGAAUAGGAAUUGCACACUCAGCAUUAAUAUCUUGGCUUAUGUUUGUGAUAUUUCCACUGAAUGGUUCCCAAUAUGUAAAGCAAAUGAGGAGGAAAAUUGUGGAUUAAUUAGUUAUAAAGUACAACUAUGAUGAACACAAGGGUUCCUACUAGACUACAGGGCUAAAGCACCUUGGGAAGGAACAGCAGUUUAGAUGGCUUGUCAUAAAAUGUCAUAAUGAAUAGUCAGUUGAAUGAUACGUCUUAUGGUGUAUUUAGCUUUUGAGGUCCACUGUGUGAAACUGCUUCUUCUCCACUAGAUAAACCAUAUUUCAAAAAGUUGAGAUCCCGACACAAAAAGCUGUUGAGCUUUAUUUCUGAUUGGGCAGCCAUACAACCGAUUUCUGAAAAAGCAGCCCAGAUGAAUCCCAGGAAAUUCUGGAUGUAUGGCAGCCCUAGAUGCAUCUAAUAAAACAAGACUGUCACAAGGUGUUUUCUAUCUUUAAAUUGUCACAAGGUGUUUUCUAUCUUCUUUUUUCUGCAACAGACUAAAGGCUGGUUAACACAUGCAUAUUUGCCUCUUUAAUCAAUCAAUCACUCAGCCAAUUAGUAUCCUACUUUUCAUCCAAAGAGUUCACGCUAAUCUCUCUUUCCUCUUGCACACAAUCUGCUCACAAUCUUUCAGUCGGUUGGACUGGAGAAUUGUCUCAAGGUCACCAGUGAGCUUCAUGGCCAUAGGCACCAACUUAGACAAAAUAUUGGGAGGGGGAGAGGGACCCCACUGCCUGCACUGCCCCCACCUCCCUGCAGUGCUACCAGUGCUGGUUUCCUCAGUUCCAGUCUGCCAUGUUAACCACUGCUGCACCACACUGGAUGGCACCAUUAUGUGAUGAUUUACACAAAUGCAUGAGUUGCUGUAGCUCAAACAUGGCAGACAGAACUUCUACAUUUCCUCAAACCACCCUAAACCAAAACAGUUUAUCACUGAGUUGGAUUCAGCUGCAACUGUUCAGUAAUUUUGUGUGCACAGUAUCUGUUUCAUAGUAUUGCCUUAACCUCUUCCUGACACUCACUUUUUUCUUCUCUGCUUUGCUCUUCUUCUUAGGCAAUAUAUUUUACAGCCACAUUUCCUUACCUAAUUCUAACAUUAUUCCUAAUUUAUGGACUGACUCUCCCAGGAGCUGUUCACGGAUUACUCUACUUCAUGACUCCUAAUGCAAGUAUUUAUUCAAUUGAUCCUUGGUGUUCCAGAUGAUGUAUGGAAAGUCUGACUUGGUCUUUUAGAGGUGGCUUUGAACUUUCCUCCAUGCUGCUUCUUUGUUUACCACUUAAUACUAGUUGGGAUCCACACAUAUUCUGGCAAUUGUACUUUGUUAACUCCCUCUGGAAUAUAUGAAGAACAGAAACUUGUGUAAAAAGUGCCCUUUUCUAAAAUUCACGAAUAUAGGCAACCCUGGGUCAAAUCUUAUUUUUCAGCAGACAGGGCAGAACUACACUUCAUUGUGCAAGCAUGGGGUGUCCCAGUUCUGUAUUUGACUUGUAAUGCUGGGGCGAAUGCAGAGAUGGGGAGAUGCAUUUGCAGAGGAAGCCAGGUCAUUAAUCCUCCCUAUGCCCACCAAUUCUUCCCUACAAAUGCUCCCCUAGGCUGCUUCUUGUUUCUCCGUCUGGCAGGGUUCAAGACUGCAAGACACCCGAGUGAAGGUUAAAGCGCUCUAGUGAGCAUUUCUAAGGGAGUACCACCAAACAUGGAAAGAGUUAAGCGCUCUCUCCUACAUACUGAUUCUCCCCCUCCAACAAGCCCCCAGCAGGCAGUUUGUGAAACACAGGAAUUAUGAGACUAAUAAUGUGUUUAGCCCUGAGCUCUCUCUUUCUCUCUCACAGCUCAAGAAGCUCAACAAUCCACGUGCCUGGCUUGAUGCAGCCACCCAGAUUUUUUCCUCUCUUUCUUUAGGAUUUGGGGGACACAUAGCAUAUGCUAGCUACAACCCGUCAAGGUAGGUUUGGUAGCUUUCACUCACAAUGUGGAGAGGAGUUGUUUGACGCAGUCAAAUUGACUUCUAUGAGAUAGCGCCUCAGUGAUCUCUGGAGAGAAGACUCAAUUCAUUCAGCCCACACUGGACCCCAGGAAAUGCGGCAGGCUCUGUUUGCUUGAUGUUUCCCUGUGUGAGUCCCAAAGAUGCCCUUUAUUAUUCUUUCUGCGAUGUCAGAGUUGGGCAGAUGCCCCAGUACACAGGCUGCCGCACACAAACAGCAGUAGCUUGCAUACGCAUGUCUGCGUGUGAAGAUGUCCACAUCAUCUGCAGGAAGGAUGGGAGUGAAAGUGGAAGUGGGAAAAGUUCAGCUAAGUUUGAGAUGCAAUACUUUAUGAUUAAUGAGUCCCACUGAAGUCAGCUGCAGAGCCCUGACUUGAGAGUUUUUAUUUUUGAUCAGAAGGCAAGUGACUGAGGCAGCUGCAUGUUCUCAAUACAGUGGUACCUCUGGUUACGAACUUAAUUCCUUCUGGAGGUCCAUUCUUAACCUGAAACCUAGUGGUUCUCUAGUGGUUCAUGUUUUUAAACUGAAAGCUGCUUUGAGUCCCGUCAGGGGAAAACGAUGGGGUAUAAACAAAUUAAUAACAAUGACAAAACAACACAUUCCAGCUAUUUAGUUUCUGUGGCAAUAUGUCACCUGUGCCUGGCCAUUUCUUCAGGCCCAUCUUGCAGCCAAAGAGAAUCUGGCAGGCUAAGCUCUUCUAACCAGUUUAAAGUCUUCUGCAGAAACCAGCAUUCACAGCAUUGGAAGAGGGACCCUAGGACUAAUUUUGCCUCCCCCCUUCUCCAAUUUCAUUGCAAAAUGAUUGUUCAUUGCUUCUUGCAUUCCAUCUUGUCAGCCUAAAAGGGAAAGAUGGAUUUGAAGCCUCCAGGAAAUGGCAUUGUUUGAGGGCAUACACAAGCUUAAACCGAGAGUAUGUCCUGUAAAUGGCAAUCUCCAUUUAUUAUUAUCAUUAUUAUUAUUACUAUUAUUAUUAUUAUUAUUAUACCCUGGAUGGGGGUUGGAGAGUGUGCACAAAAGAUGUUAAGUUGCUCAAAAGCUACAAAGUCAGUCUCUUGGCACAGAGUGGGUCCCUCUUUGAGUGAAAGGCAGCGGAACAAGGGGAGUUAGUGGGCUGCCUUAGGUGAGAGAUAGGGUUGCAAAGGCCAUUUGGUUGUUUAGACUUUUUUAUCUGUUUUUAUUCAGGUAUUUGGUUAAAUUGGAAAUACUACCUGUUGUCCUUACUGUGGUUUAAGCUUUACUUGCCUUGUGAUGCAGAUGGUUUAAAUUUGUUGUAAUUUACUGGAGCUGAUUUUAGGCUGACCAGCUGUAAUUUUCAUAUAUUGUUAUCCCCCAUCCCCAGCUAUAUCUGUCUAUUGCUUUGUUUUACUGUUCUGGGAUUGAAAAUAUUCAGUGAAGAGUAGAGUACAAGUACCUGAAAUGUAUAACGUUAGAAGGAGACAGUGCUGGCCUUCGUAACAUUUAAUUGGGUUGUUAUGUACUUGUUUUUCCUAGAAAUGACUGUGAAAUGGAUGCUGUCAUGAUAGCAGCAAUAAAUUCUGUGACUUCUUUGUUUGCGUCAAUCCCAAUUUUUUCAAUUCUGGGGUUCAAAGCAACAAUGGCCUAUGAAGAAUGCUUGGAAAGGUGAGCCGUUCAAGUUUCACAGUUAGGAACCAGUUAGGUGUUGGUCCAAGCCCUCUGUUCACAAUUUGUUUUGUUUUUCAUUGUCUAAAAUUUUUGUGUCAUUCCCCCCCCCCAAACUAGUUUAGGGGACCCCAGAGGGCAGAAUUAAAAUAAGAUUGUAGCAUAGAACACAAAGUAUACAAUCCUGCAUGAUCCAUGUGCAUAUUCAUUAAUUCAGGUAUACAGGCAACUUCCUUUUUGUGUGGGGGUUCUGUUUUGCCCCUGGCCUGCCCCUAUUUGAAGCAAAUUGCUGUUGUUUUUCUUAGGGUCUGUGGCAAUGCAAAUAAUUCGUAUCAUUCCUGACUUUACUGACAGAAAUGUUAAAUACAUCACCAAGGCAUUCAGGAACGACAACAUCACUGUAGACAGCAGCGCAUUUUGGCUCAGCUACUUGAACGGAACGGAUAUCAAUAACCUUGCAUCUCUCAACCUGGCAAAUUGUGAUCGCCAGAAAUUCCUUGAUCAGGUAUUUGUACUUGCAUUACAAAUGAUCCAGUUGUAAAAGUACAGUAUGCACUGAUUUUGUAGCCGCCAAAACAACGCCACUUGCUGGGUCUAUUGCCACAGACACGGCAUUAGUUCCUGAUGGCAUUCAUAUGCUCUUUUUCUGCCAAGGCAGCUAUUUACAGGAAAUGGUACAAAAUAGUCUGACUUCAGCACCUUAUGCAUGAUCUCUGUGAGCUGGGUUUUCUGGCUACUGCCUUCCCUCAUGGCAUGCAGGUUUUAAGCAGGUGCAUGGAAGGCAAGGGCAAGGCUGCGUCUGUUGAUAGAACCUGAUGGCUAUAUGUUCCCUGGCUUAGACAUAAUGGUGUCUCCAUUACCAGCCAUGAUGCACUGUGGGCUUUUGCUGAAUAGGAUAUGAAGUGAUAGGGCUCCUCCAGAGCUUUUGCUGUUUUUGCCAUGACAGGUAGUGCAUUGAGUAGGGACCAGUAGGGUGGCACAAGUAGGGCUAGGUUGCUCUCCCAGCUUCCCAACAGUGCACAUUGUCAUUGCUUAUGGAGGAGGACAAGGCGAGGGUGGCUGCUGUGGCAGAGCCAACCCGCUGCUCCUGUUGCACAUGUGCACCAUGCCAACCUCCCUGCUGCCUUGCUCCUCUCCUUCACAGCGGCAUGUGGUAUUUUGGGAAGCCAGGUGAGCAAUGCAACCUCACCUGAGAGGAAGCGAUGACAGACAACACUGACUGUGUCAACAGCUUUGCUAUGAAUGAAUGGGGCUUCCUUCUCUGGUCACAUUCCAUGAAGGUUUCUGCAGCUUCCAUUGCAUUUUUCUGUAGAGUUUCUCUGCUGGACCUCUGCUAUGCUGCAAGGUGGUCACAGCCCUGGCUUUUCAGCUACCAUUGAUGUGAUGGCCCAGGCAGGAAAUUCUUUCAGAAGAGCUGUGUUUAGCUCUUUGGCUUCAUACAAGCUGCUCUGUCUCUGGUAAACUAGCAUGUUACUCUACCCAGAUGUAUGGGUGCAUAGAGACCACAGGUUGUUUGCCUGGUUGUUGCCUGAAGAAACACGAUCUACCUCCCCCCCACACUAUGCUUGCACAUAGAAGGGGCUCAGGGUACCCACCAAAACUCUAGUCCAGCUUGAGAAGUUUCCCCUUAUAGUUCUAUAGAGACACACAGAAACCAUACCUGUGUCUGCACGUAUGAGCACUAAAAGAACCACAGAAAGCAACCUGUGAGCUUAGGUGGCUGCUUUUUUUAUUAUUUUAUUACCAUUCCUUCACCCUUAGAUCCCAGGGCAAGUGACAACAAUUUAAAAUGCAACACUAAAAACAGAUUACGGCAACUUAAUACCACUGAACAUGCGAGUCCAAAUGCAUCUAGGUGUCAGGCCAGGUCAAGUGGCUUAGUCAUGCUGGCCACAUGACCCGGAAGCUGUAUGCCGGCUCCCUCGGCCAAUAAAGCGAGAUGAAAAAGCGGUGUCAGGAAAGUUUUGGAAAAGCUUCAAAAAUCACCAAAGUCUUUAAAAACCUCAAAAAAGGCUACCACACCGCGUUCUAUGAGUUGCUCCUCGAAGUCAAGUCGCAACUGUAUUAACGGUGUUAAGAAAAAGGAAACAAACUUGCAAGACGUUUCCGUCUUGCGAAGCAAGCCCAUAGGGAAAAUCGUCUUGCGAAGCAGCUCAAAAAACAAAAAACCCUUUCGUCUAGCAAGUUUUUGGUCUUGUGAGGCAUUCGUCUUGCGAGGUACCACUGUAUGAACUUGUAAUCGGUAAUGGCUGUAUGUUAUUCCAGAUGAUGGCUAAAUGUUGAGUAAUACAACAUUUUGCCUCUGCAUUAGAAUAAAUGACACUCAGAAAUCAAUCUGACAGUUUUUACCAUUAUUUGUGAAUUUUGCAGAGUGUUUCUGGAACCGGCUUGGCCUUUAUUCUGUUCACUGAAAUCGUCCUUAAGAUGCCUGGAUCAAACACUUGGGCCAUUCUGUUUUUUCUCAUGCUGUUCAGUCUUGGUGUAUCUACCAUGUUCGGAUUUGUUCAAAGUAUCUUGACGCCUCUCACAGAAUCUCGCAUUGUGUCUAGAUACAUAUGCAAGGAGGCAGUAUGUGGUAAGGCAUCUUCUUCAAAUACUUUUCUUUCAAUACCGUGCUCAAGAUUAAUACAGGCAAAAAAAGUCCCUCUUCAACAAGGCCUUGUGCUAAUUCUAUGGCCUUUUAAUUGUGUUUGUGGGAGCGGGGGGUUAGUGUCUCAUUUUUGUUCUAUUUAUUUUGUGCUUUUAUCCUGUAUUUUUAUCUUGUGAAACUGCCCUGAGAUCUCUGAAGGGUGGUAUAUAAAUUAACAAAUAGUAACAGCAACAAUAACAAUAAUCUGUUGGGCAGAAACUAUAUAGUUUUGAUGAUGGCAGAUUGCACCCAUUAACCGUUAAGGAGGAUAGGUGACCAGCAAAACAUGGGUGUAUGCCAAGAACGGAACAUCUAUAAACACACAUCUAAACACCACUGGUUAGGUUUCCUUUUAUUUCCUUUGUGUUGAGUGACAAAUGUUGUUGUCUGUAGGUUUAAUAUGCCUUACUGCCUUUCUGCUGGGCCUGGUUUUUACUCUGAGAUCAGGAAACUACUGGCUUGAGAUGUUUGAUGCCUUUGCGGGAACCAUGCCUUUGCUCGUCAUUGCUUUCUUUGAAGUGAUCGGUGUUGUAUAUAUUUAUGGAAUGAAAAGGUAAUGUUUCUUUGUGUGUGUAUCUGGAUAAGCCCUUAGGUGCUGGUUGCUGUAUUGUAGCAACAUCAGCAGUAAUCCUUAUUAACAGUGUUAGCAUUCAAAUAACAUUUCAAUGUCCUUCCUCUACAAUGUCUCAGACAACCCUGUGCAGUAGACCCACCUAGCGAAUUCACUGCAGAAAUAAGAUUUGAACUGAGGACUUCCUCAUUAACAGCUCAGCUCUUGGAGACUUGAUUCCCAGCUGCUAAUAGGUUUCUGAGCCAAGCCUGUGUUUUUUUGCUGAAUUUGUGAGUUCUUUACUACUGAAAGCACUUUUUGCAGCAUUUAACUCGCACAAGCAACUCAAGGCAGAUGAACACAUGCGGCCGUAUUCAUAACUAAGCAAUUCUAUUAAGAAAUGAACACACUAUGGAGAAGCUAGGCGGUUCAACAGAACUACUAAUUCAGCAUAACCCAGUGAAACUCAACUGCAGAUUCGUUUAGACAGAUUCUGCAACGCCUGAAAAUUCUCAGCAAAAUUAGCCUAAUCCACCUACAUCUUUAAUGCAAAUCAGGAUUUUAUCGUGAUAAGAGUGCCUUGCGCACCCAUCCCCCGGCCUGCUCUCCCAUUUACUUGGUAACUAACCGUAAUUUUCUUCUAGACUCACUCUUCCCUCAUAUGGUCGUUUUCUAUGUGGUGGUGGCAGCAAGCAGUUAUGUUUAACUAACUCUAAUGCUUGAAGAGGGUUUACAAGGUAAACUGGUGUCUAAUCUGGACUGCUUCAGACUGCUUUAUUGAGUUGUGUUUCAAAACUGAAUACACAUCCAUGCGGGGAGCAGUUAUUGUUUAGUAUUAGGGGCAUUCAGUCUGAAGAGGUACAGUCGCCAACAGCCAUUGCUAUUUGAAGUGGUAUGGCCCAGGACCCAGAUUUACCAGCACCCCUCAUCAUAGGGAUCAUGAGAAGCAAGCCCAUUGAUAAGCUGGUGAGGUGUGACACUUCCAUUUCCCUCCUUUAUCCUGUGAAAACAACACUCUAAGCAACAAACCUUUAUUUAGUCUAUUUAUUUAUUUAGAAAAGCAUUUCUGUACCGCCAAAUAAAACACUGGGGUGAUGCGCAACAUUUAUGUUAAAAAUACAAUUGCAAACAGUACAAAUAAUUAUGGAAGUGGAUAGCUAAUCAAAACAUUAAACAGCAAUGAGUGAUAAGGUUCCCACCAGAUCAGAAUGGUUAUUAAAACUGGUGGAAUGUGCUGAAUUGGAAGAUUUGUCUUUAAUGUAUGGAUAAUAAAGAGUUGCAGAACAAAAACAAACAAACAUUAAAUAUUAAACAGCAACGAAGGCCUGAUCUUUAGGAGAAGCAGGAAAGUCAAAAGUGAGGGGGUCUGCCAGAUCUCUUACUGGCCUAGGUGCAGCAAGUGAUACCUGUUUAUUGUAUUUGAAGUAUAAACCAUGUACCCCUGCUCAGAAAUAAAUUCCAUUGCAUACAGUGGGAAUAAGACCCCAGCUAAGGUUUGCAGCCUUAUGCAUAAUUUGGGGAUAUACACCCCACAAUUUGCAAUAGGAUAAAGGUUUCCUGUUGUAUUUAAUUCAUUUGUGCAAGUGAUCAUUUGAUGUUGGGGCGGCAGCGAAUUUUUUUUGGGGGGGGGGGAGGGCUACUUAACAGCCCAAGCAGCUCUCAGAGAGGAUAGAUCUCUAUUUGAGGUAGUCCUUGAUUUUAAAAUCCCUCUGGUUUAGAAGAUGAAGAACUCUAGGCAGGGAGAGCAGGGGCUUCAAAGUUAACACCUGGAAAGGAGAUGGAACAGGCUAGCUGAUCAGUCUUCCCCACUAUGGAGACAUGUAAUACAUUUCUAUUUCAGUCACAGAAAUCAUUUCUAAAUUAGUACAUAAACGUUUUAUGCAAGCCUAAAUCCUCUUUUGUUUGCAUUUCCCUAUUUUGAGUGAUGCUUAUGUAGCUGCUCUACUUGUUCCUGCAUUCACCAAGUGAUGAGCAGGCAUGCGGUCAGAGGAGAAACAGAAGUUUAGCUGGCUUCAUUUUUAAUAAGGUUGUAUGCAAGUGAAUUGUCCACAGAUCACUCAUUAAAUGUAUCCAUUUCAUUAACAGAUUCAGUGCAGAUGUGGAAGAGAUGACAGGAAGACCACUAAAAGGCUACUGGAAGGCAACGUGGCAAUUUUUCUCCCCAGCGAUAAUGUUCCUAAUUUUUGUGUUCUACGUACUUCUUGAACCACCUGCAACCUACAAUACGUGGAACCCAAAUUACGUAAGUUACUUUUCUACAAGUCAUUACUAGUCUUUUCCUAAUUUGCAUUCAUUGGGGGGGGGGGAGGAUUGAGCUCUCACUCCAAUAUUGCUGCUAUGAAUUCCUGAAUUGAUAAAGAUGCUCUGCUUAAGCACAGAAUUCCUUUCUAAAGAUUUGGCUUUACCUGCAAACUCUUCCACUGUCUCCCAAGACAGAUGGAUGCCAACAACAACCUAUCAUAACAGGGCAUCAGCUGCAAUUUCUGUAUUUACUUAUGGAACUCAAGGUCGCCUCCAUGUGGUUCCUAGCUAGUCAACCAUUGAGACACUGACCAGUCCCAGAUAUACCGUAUUUUUCGCCCUAUAGGACGCACUUUUUCCCCUCCAAAAAUGAAGGGGAAAUGUGUGUGCGUCCUAUGGGGCGAAUGCAGGCUUUCGCUGAAGCCUGGAGAGCGAGAGGGGUCGGUGCGCACCGACCCCUCUCGCUCUCCAGGCUUCAGGAGAGCCCCACCGCCAGCCCCACAAGCUCGGGGGACAGCGGGGAGGCGCAGCACGCCUUUCCCGCUGUCCCCCGACUUGGUUAGAAGGCUGGCGGAGGACUUCCCCCUCCUCCAGCCCCGCAAGCUCCCAGAGCGAUGCCAAAGCUGCACGCAGCUUCAGCAUCACUCUGGGUCCCGUUCUGGGGGCUGGGGGAGGGGGAAGCUCGGGCUUCCCCCGCCCCAGCCCCACGCCUGCGGGGGGAAAUAAAUUUUUUUCCCUUUAUUUCCCCCCCCAAAAUCUAGGUGCGUCCUAUGGGCCGGUGCGUCCUAUAGGGCGAAAAAUACGGUAACACACAGAGGAUUGCCACUGGCACAAUGGGACUUUCUUCCCCUCUCCUCCUCCCAUGGCACCCCAAAAUUUGCUCGGGGUGCAUAAGGGGAGGAGAAAGGGAGAACAUCCCAUCAUAUGGGGAGACAUCCUUGUGCUGAUGAAGCCAUAGUCUUAGCCCUACACUGCAUGCAACCCUUUCCCUUUUGGAAUAUUGCCAACCUUUGCUUAGCUCCCACUUUGAAGUAUUAACAAGCUGUAAUUCCUGUCCUCACUUACCUGGGAGCAACCCAUAUAACCUGAUGGUAUUUACUUCUGCGUAAAUGCAUAGAAGAUUGUGCUGUUUAAUGUGGCUUUCACGCAAUACAUUUGUUUCUCCCAAAGGUACAUUUUCCUGCAAAAGAGUCGAAAAAGUAUCCUAUCUUAGCUGCUGUCAUCUCUGAGAUGCUUGAAACUGUACCAUGCUUGAUGAUCCCUUUCGGAGCCAUUUAUCAACUUUGGAGAAUUGUGUUGAAAAAGAAACUGCUACGAAAAAUACAUCCAGACAGCAGCACUGGUAUCACCAGUAGCACCUGA